CAUACGACUAUAGACAACAACAAUAUCGGGAGUGAUAUGAGAUCAUCGUAUAUGCUGCUGCCGUGUCCACAAAGGGGUGGAAAAUUAAUCAGUAGUAAUUUUUAAAAGCGAAGACAAUCAUUUUGACUAAAUGUCUCGGAAAGGGCUAUAUUUGGUUCUUUAUUUUGAGUCAACGAUGUCAACGUUAGAAAGUGAUAUAACGCCGUUAGACCUUAAACUUGACAAUUAGCCAUGUUAGCUUUUGUUAUUUGGGUGUGUCGCAUGCCAUGCACAAUCAAUAUUUGUUGAGAUUGAGGAAAGCGAAUUUUACUCGCGAGGAUUAUAAAAAAGUAAUCAAGGCCAAAAGACUGCGUGAAGAGGGAGAGACACCUUCGAACACAUCGUGCUGGAAUCCUUUUAGAGUCACAGCUUUCACAAUGGAAAAGGCACCAUGUGGUCAAAGAGAUGACAUCAGUGCAUUGGAUGACCAAGACGAAUCAAGAUGGUCAGAGACAAUCGAGAGUGAUGACUCCCCUCGAAUCAGCAAUCAUCACAUCAUGCCAAACAACACAGCAACAGAGGUCGGGGGUCGUGUGCGGCUCUACUCCGAGUCCCAGGCAUACACAGUGAGCCACUGGGAAGACACUGAGUCCCAAGAUGGAGUGUCAGCAGAAGAGGGUGGAGGAGCUUGUGAAGGAGCCCCAUUCCGUGGCCGAUCCCAGUCUGCUCCUGCUGCACUAUGGAAAGCCAAGAAAUAUGGACGGCAACUGAGGAGGAUGAGCGAUGAGUUUGACACCUGGCUGGACAAAGGGGAGAUAAGAAGAGUGAGCAGCCCUGGGAAACUGUCACAGAAGCAGACCAACCAAGGAUGGUUCUCUUUCCUUUGGCGUUCCAAGGAAGAGGAAGGAAGAAAGUAAAUCUCAUGCACCACACCAGGGAAACAGUGAAAAACAGAAAGAUGAAGUAACAAUCAGAUAGAUGAAGGCUGGUCAUGUUUGGCACAAGUAUGGCCCUUUUAUCAAAGUGCUCAACCAAACUAGUGCUUAGAAGUACAAGAACACCAUGGCAAUAACUGAUGUAAAGGGUCAUUUUUGUUACUUCAAUUUGACAAUCUUAAAUGACAAUCUCUCAUAGUUGUGGACAACACUGGACAAUCUCAUAUAUUCUGAUCCUAAAUAAAGCCCCUAUUUAAGAAUGACUUAUAAUCUGUUACAUUUAAAUGAAUAUUUGGUAUGAAAUGUGAUAUAUGGUUCUAUGAUGUAUUUUAUAAAAUAAUUUAUAGAUGUUCAUCUUUUAAAAUUUGUGUAGUAUUGAGAUUCAAGUGGUGGCAAAAUGUAAAAGUUUCCAAAAGUGAAUCAAUCUGUGAAUGAAGUAAUGCUUAGUAGUGAUUAACGAUGAUGCGGGUAUUGUUCUCAUUUGGUCAGGUCCGUCUCAGGGUUUUCCUUUUCAUUUAUUCAAAGUGUUACUGUUGUGAAUGUCCAGUCAUGCUAUACAUCUUUUAAUAAGACAUCAACAGAAGCCCUGAAUGAAAAGUGUUUAGGAUAUGUCAUUAGUGUCCCUCUUUCAUGUACAAAUAUCCUGACAGUUGAACUGUAUGCUGUCCACUGCCUUUUAUAUGCACAGCACUGGCUUUAGCUGUAGGGUAAAUUGCCUUGCAUGCAAAAGAAGAGACAUUUUCUGCCAAACCUGUGGUUAAGCAAAUUACUGCAAAUAGACAACAAAUGCUGUGUGCUGUAGUAUGUACUGCCAUCAGGCAUUUUGCUGAUACCUUACUUGAAAUGCAUUUAUAUGGGUAUUUGUUUUUUUAGAAGCUAUUUGUAAACAUUUCUACUUCUUUGUGUGUAAUUAAUU